AGAAUAUACAUAUUUAGCUAAAGCAAAUAAUUAAACGCGAAAAAAAAUACCAAAUGUGUAGGCAAAGGUGUAGUGAUUGAAUAAAAUGCCAAAACUUGUGCGGCAACGUACGAAUUGUCUUGCCUGCAGUUGAAAAGUGUAAAAAAGACGCCAUUUGAGUUGACUUUAAACAAAAGUUUUGAAAUAAACAGCCAAAUAUCAGUGUUGGUGCUUCCAAUCAAAGAGAAACCUUUAAGUUAAAAAACUAAAAAUUAGAAAUAAUAAUGUUGCCCGCCAAUGUGGGCACUGCAAAUCCCAAACGAGAAGUGCCCAAGACGAUGUCGCCCGUAAAAUCAUUCAGUAACAAAGCAACGGGCACGGUCAAGCAGCCCGAGGAGAUGCGUUUCGUGCCCAUUGCCCCAAAGCCAGCCAAACCCUGUAAUAUAUCAAUUAACAACUAUAGCAACAAAAACAACUGCAACAACAAGCCGUUCAAAACAAAUUUUAAUCACAAUACUAAUUUAACAGCACCAGUGCCGCCCCUCAUACAACUGGUUAGCACUGGAACCAGUGGGAAUGCCAGUUCGCUACUCUCCAUAUUGACGCCCAAAACUCUGCUCAAUCCCACUUGCACCAAGACCAAUGUGCAGGCUUUAGUACCCACACAAGCUCGUCCACAGUCACAGCCACCGCCGCCUGUGUUCAUACGAUCUGGUACCACUCAGCAACAGCAGAAGCUGCAGCAGCAGCAACAGCAGCAGCAACAGAAGCAACAACAACAACAACUACUACUACAACAACAGCAGCAACUACAACAACAGCUACAACAACAACAGUUACAACAACAACAGCUACAACAACAACUACAACUGCAACAGCAACAACAACAACAACUGCAACAACAGCAAGAUGGUGCCAUUCCCAAUAGCCAGUGUCAAUCAUCAGUAACAUCUGCAGUCUCUACUCAGACGCAAUUGAUAAAUAUGGUGGCUGCCAAAGGUUCGCUCAAAACUGCUGCCGCCGCUGCUCCAGCCCAAAUUUCGUUGCUAUCAAAAAAGCAAACUCCGGUUAUAUUGAGCAAGGCGGCCGUGGAGAAAAUACGCUUGAAAUUUGGUCAGGUACAGGCACAGGCUAACUCCGGUGCGCUUGUCCUGACCAAACCACUGAAGACCAAUUGUGGCAACGGCAGCAGUCAAAAUACUAACAACAACAACAUCAGCAACAAUUUCAAUUCUAGGCUAGCUCCGGGCAUUGGGUCCAGCUCCAUGCCAACGGCAACGAACCCUCCCAUGCCGCCGCUGGUGCCCACAUCGAUGCCCACAUCACUGGCCAUGGCCAACAACGCUUUGCCAGAGAUCAAGAUUACACCGCUGCCCGCAGCUCCCAUGAACGGCACCAAAAUUAUGAAAGUACAACCAAGUCCACUGACUGUGAUUGUGCCCGUGACUCCGGCCCCGCAACUUACACCAGCAAUAGCAGCAAUAAUGCCUGCAGCAACACCAUUAACACCAAUCCCAAAACUAAGUCAGCCAAGUGAGCAGCAGGGAUCACCCAAGUUGCAGCGCUCCAAAUCGUUAGCGAGCAAUGAGGACAAUGCGACAAUUAUUUUGAUACAAAGUAAUGCAACAGAGCGACGGCAUUCGGUGGCGAUUAUGGCCAAGGAAGUGGACGUGGUGGAGCAGCCAACUCAUAUAGAGACCAUAACCAUAGAUGACGAUGACAGCGAGGAGGAAAAGGAGGCAGAACAAAAGCAGAAGCAGCAACAGCAACAGCAACAGCAACAGCAACCACAGCAAAGGCUGCAACAGCAACAAAGGCUGCAGCAAGCAGCAACACCAACACCAACAAUUUCAGUUCCAACUUCGAGAAAAAACUCCACAGCCAGUCGUAGCAGCAUUGCGAGCAGCUGCAGCAGCGAUGUGGAAAUGAUCAUUGUGCCAUGCAGUAAACCGGAGGAGCCCAAACAACCCAAACAGCAGCCGCUGGAAACAAAGCAAUUGGGCAAUGGCCCCGUCAUCAACAUUGUCAAAGCUGAAACAUUGCCAGUGUCAAAAGAAGAGUUUGAAAAGUCGCUGCGUUGCGAUGAGCAUGUGGACAACAGCUCGCCCUCGUCCGUGUGCACCAACAACACUCCGAAAUCGGGCAUCCUCACGGUAACGCCCAUUGCACAACUGCAAAGCAAAAGUGUCGAGCCCAAUGUUUCCUUUGCAUUAAACACCUUUAAGCGGAGCAUGCAACAGAAUUUCGGCAUGCUGCGCUGGCGGGAACGACAGCCAAGCAUGCUCCAGAACUCCAAGAUGCGCUUCGAGCUGAAUCGCUUCAAUAUGCUGCAACUGGCAGAACGCUGUGAGCCUCGUCGCGGUCCAGCCAGUUACUUUGAGAGGGCGCUCAUAGAUCGACCUGUGCGAAGACCGAACAGCAGCAGCGAUCCGUUGCUCUACUUGUGCUCACGUUGCAAUUGCCAUGGACCCGCCUCUGAUUUUCUAGCACCGAGAUUUUGCUCGACUGCCUGUGUGCGACGCGUUCACAAACGUCGCCAACUCAAUCCGCCCAGCGCUGCCAGCGAAAGUAAAAUAAGUCGCAUGGAACCAAAGGCAACUAAUGGUCAUCUACAGCAGCAGCAACAGCAGCAGCAACCACAAUAUCAGCAGCCACAGCUUCAUAAUCAUAAACUGCUGCAGCAACAGCGCGAAAAAGAACGCCAUCGUGAGCCUAGAUCGAACGAAUCGAAGCCACCUUUUCGCUGGACUGAAUAUCUCAAAAUGAAAGGCAAUGGCGGUGCGGCGCCAAUACAUCUCUUCCCAAAUCCGUUUCCCAUUAAUCCCAAUUGCUUUAAGCGGGGCAUGAAACUGGAGGCCAUCGAUCCGGAAAAUUGUUCGCUAUUCUGUGUGUGCACCAUUGUCGAAGUGUGUGGCUAUCGCUUGAAGCUCAACUUCGAUGGCUAUUCCAGUAUGUAUGAUUUUUGGGUCAACGCUGAUUCGAUGGACAUUUUUCCGCCAGGCUGGUGCGAACGCACGUCGCGUGUACUCCAAGCGCCCAAGGGUUAUUCCUCGGAUCGUUUUAAUUGGUAUCGCUAUCUGGUCAAGACGAAUGCCAAAGCAGCGCCCUCAUUACUCUUCACCCAUCUUAAUACAUCCAAUCAUGUGCAGAUUAAUGACUUCUCUGUGGGCAUGCAUCUGGAGGCGGAGGAUUUGAAUGAUACGGGCAAGAUUUGUGUGGCCACCGUAGCGGAUAUACUGGAUGAGCGUAUACGCAUACAUUUCGACGGCUGGGACGAUUGCUACGACUUUUGGGUGCAUAUUAACUCGCCCUACAUCCAUCCCUGCGGCUGGCAUGAGGGUCGCCAGCAGCUGAUCGUGCCGCCUGACUAUCAGAAUCUUACGUUCAACUGGGCCAGCUAUAUUGAGGAAACGGGAGGCAUUGUAGCGCCCGUGGGUUUAUUCAAGCCACGCGAACCCAUGGAGUUUCAGGCACGCAUGAAACUCGAAGUAGUCGAUCAACGUAACCCCUGCCUGAUACGUCCAGCGACCGUGAUGACACGCAAGGGCUAUCGCAUUCAAUUGCAUCUGGAUUGCUGGCCAGCGGAAUACUGUUUUUGGCUGGAGGAUGAUAGUCCUGAUCUGCAUCCGAUUGGUUGGUGUGAAGCUACCUCACAUGAGCUGGAAGCUCCGCCCAGCUUCAAGCAGAGUCCCCCACAGAUGCCCUGCGAUGUGCCAGGCUGUCGUGGCUUUGGCAAUGCCAAACGCUUCAACCUCAAUAUGCACGCUCUGCGCGACUGCUGUCCCUAUGCACCGGACAACUGGCGCCAGUGGCGUGCCAAGACGGUGAAGCCGCCGCGAGUCCUACCCGAGCAUAUCAAGCGAGCCAAUUCACCAAUAGCGCAGUGUCAGCCACUAUCGCUAUCAUCAUCAUCAUCGUCGUCGUCGUCGUCAUCGUCAUCAUCAUCGCAGUCACCACCCCCUCAGGCACAGGUUGUGAUGGAUCCCUCGCCCAUUUCAGUAACGCAAUUGAAUACCAACUCGAAGUCUGCGGCGGCCAAAGCGAAGACAAUCGAAAAGGCGGACACACCACGAAACCAGACACCAGCCCCAGCUGAGCCGGACGAAGUCAAUCCGCGCUGCUUAGCUAUAGCCAAGACCAUUGUGACCGAAUAUGGACCCCAGCUUGCACGCAAUUAUCGCCUUUGGCAAAGGAACAGCGACUUUGAUAUGACGCAGCUGAGAAGUAAUCCGCUCUACUGGACCAACUGGGAUGUCUAUGAGUUUGUCGAGCGGGCGCUUAAAUCCUCCAGCAUUGCGAAAAUGCUUUUCGACGAAGAAAUCGAUGGGCGCGCGUUAUUAAUGAUGGGACGAAAAGAUUUGGCCACCUACUUUAAGCUCAAAGUGGGGCCCACGGUCAAGCUCUUCUCGCUGAUUGUCAAUCUGCGCAUUGCGGUCGCAUGUAAGUUUGAGACCAAGGAGACGGGUCUCAACAUUAACCAUGUCAAGGACUCAAUAACUGCAAAACGGGAGCCGCUAGAGAAUAACUCGCAACCCAAUACCGAGAAUCCUUUAGCGGCAACUACAAAUAACCAGGAGCAGAGCAAUGUUGUUGAACAAUUGGCAGAACAAAAAGAAGAGGAGUCCGGGGAAGAGGAAGAGGAGGAAGAAGCUGAGGAGGAAGAGGAGGCGGAGGAGGAAGAUGAAGACGAUGUUGACUUUGAAUUCAAAGAAGAACCAGAUGAAGUGUUACCGGAUGAUGAGGAUGUUGUGCUGGACAGUGAGGACUUCCUAUGCGUAAAGCCAAUGCACGGGAUGAUCAAAAAUGUGGACACCGUCGCUGAUAAAGAAUCGGAUGUCACCAUGACUCCCUUGGAUGCGCAGCCUGUGAGUGCAUCAUAGGGUUUACUUUUUGCAGCGUCAGAAGAAGAACACGAUAAGGAUAAAGAGAAAGAAGAGGAGGAUGCUGAUGAGGAGGAAGAGACAGACGAAUAUGACGCUGAUUGUGAAUAUGAAGAAGCACAUCAACAGCCCAUGUCUGACGAGGACGUUAAGCUGGACAACGAAGACUUCCUAUGCGUUAAGCCCUUACACAGCAUGGUCAAGAGUGAGAGACCGCUUGAAGAUGAGGACUCGGAUUCAGACACGGAUUCCCUGGAUGCGCUUCGCGUGACCGCAUCAUAGGGUUCCAUCCAUCCGACGCCAGCCAUUAUGUUUCAAUCACGUUUAGAUUUAAGUCCAUCAGAUCAACUGUUAACCACGGAAAAGCAGUCUAGUUAGUUGAUCUAUU